AGUUGAUUGAAAGAAUAACGUUGUAUAUAGUGCUCGUUCUACGAAAAGAAUAAACUGUUUUUAUCUUCAUCAUUUAAAAUGAUGUUAUUGUAUGCAUUUUCGGUGCUUCUCUUUACCGCACCACAAUGGGUAACUAUGAUAUCACGUGAAGACCAGGAGUUGAUUGUUGCAAGCAGCAUUGGCAAUACAGCGGCUGUGCAACAGCUCAUUGCCAAGGGUGCACAUGUUGAUGCCCACGAUAAUCUUGGCAUGACUGCGCUCCAUUGGGCCGCAGAAAAUGGUCAUGAAGAGACUGCUAAAAUACUAAUUGAAGUUGGAGCAAAGAUCAAUGCGAAAGAUUUUUUGCUAAAUACACCACUUCACAUUGCCUGUAGCCACGAUCAUUUCGACGUAAUAAAAUUACUUCUACAGAAAGGUGCUGACAUCAGUGAAGUGAACUUAAUGAACGUAGUCCCACUUGAUUUGUGCACUAUCAAAGAUCGACUCAAACCAACUAUAACACAAAUGAAAAUGAAAGGAACACAUUUCAUUGAUGCAGUUAAAAAAGGUGAUAUCCAAUUCGCUUUACGAUGCAUCGCGAAUGGUGUUAAUGUUAAUAUAAAAAGUAAUGGGAAAACAGCCCUUUAUGAAGCAAUUAUGACUGGUCAAAAGGAGUUAGCUUCAUGGCUCAUUGUCAAUGGAGCCAAUGUCUACGAAACAUAUCCAGAUGGAUUCACUUUAUAUAACUUGGCUGAAUCCAAAGGCAUGAUACUCCCGCGUGGAAUAGACCGCUUUGAAAUGAUCGAUACAGCAGAGCAACAUUUACAUCAAUGGCUUCAAGAAAAUCCCCCUCAAAAGGAAAUUGAACAACAUCAAAAACGAAAUGGUCAUAGUUUGACAUGGCAAGCUUAUCACAGUUUCAAUGAUAUCGUAUCAUUUUUAAAGUACUUAGCGAACAAAUAUUCUAAAUUGUGUACACUUCAAUACAUUGGAACAUCACACGAAAAUCGAUCACUUAUAGUUUUGAAAAUUUCGAAUGGUAAUCCGAGAAACAAAGCAAUUUGGAUUGAUGGUGGCAUACAUGCACGUGAAUGGAUUAGUCCGGCAGCGGUCACUUAUAUUGUAAACAAUUUUGUCCAGAACUGGAGUAAGCAGCCUGCACACGUUAAAAAUAUAAAUUGGUAUAUUUUGGCCGUUCACAAUCCAGAUGGUUAUGAAUAUUCACGUCAAAUUGGCAACCGAUUGUGGCGCAAAAAUCGAAAUCCAAAUGGAUUUAUUAGAUGUGCUGGAGUCGAUUUAAAUCGAAAUUAUGGAUUUGACUGGGGUAAAACUGGUUUCAUAGGAGACCCUUGCGAUGAUGAGUAUGGCGGCACUUGUGCUUUCUCCGAGCCUGAGACAGAAGCGGUUCGGAAUUUUUUUGAAAAAACGAAUGAAUUAUUCAGAGCUUUUCUCACAUUUCACAGUUUUGGCCAGUGUGUUUUGUAUCCAAUUAAUACUGAUUUUAAUGAAAUUGAUCGUAGAGAUUUGGUGCAAGUUGUCCUAAAAGGUGUAAAGCAAAUGCAAUUGGUUAAUAAGCAAGUGCACACGGUAGAAACAGAUGAUACACUUUAUUUGUCUCCCGGAUCGUCGGAAAGUUGGGCCAGAAGUCUUGGAAUCGAGUAUGCUUACACAAUUGAAUUGCGUGACAAAGGUCGAUAUGGAUUUCUUUUGCCAUCGAAUCAAAUCGAAGUGGCAGCGAGAGAAGCUCAAGCAUUCAUUUUGACUGUUACGCAAGCAAUAUUUCAAGGAAAUGCGAAAAAUUAAUUAAGAAAAAUUGACCAAACAAUAUGGAAUUGAAAUGUGAAUUAUUAAAUGAAAUAAAUAAUUUUUUGAAGUUUAUUCAGACCAAA